UCUGACGUUGCUGUCUGUGUUGAGAGCUCAGUGGAUCUGUGUUCGACUACUCCGCCUAGGCUGCAUUGUCGAGCGCAGAUCCACUGAGCGCCGCCCACAUGCAUUCACUCAAGCUAGCGAGACAGAAGUUAAGCUUUUUGCAACAUGGCAACUGCCUCAACGCCACCCGAAGUUGAACCUCCUCCACCGUCAUUGAAAUCUGGCGUUUGGAACUAUUUUGGCUUUCAUGUGAAGUAUGACCCUGAUGGACAAAACUACAACAGUAUGUCGGAUGUGCCACGCCAUGGUUAAUUACAUCGAUGGGAACACAACAAAUAUGAAUGCACAUUUACGCCGACAUUACCCUAGUGCAAAGACAAGUGGAAGCAGACAAAAACAACAACAAGCACACAUGCUACAGACUUUACCCGAGUCAUUUGGACAGCCGUUAGCACAUGAUUCUAAGAGGGCAAAAGAAAUUGACAGGGCAAUUGCUACUUUUACUGCUGUCGACAUGCGACCCUUUUCUGUUGUAGAGAACACCGGGUUUCAGGAAAUGCUGAGAGUACUUGAGCCCCGUUACAGUAUUCCUUCACGAACCUAUUUCACCAAUACCGCAGUUCCUGCUUUGUACAAGGAGACAAAAGCUAAAUUAGAGACGGCAGUGUCAGCAGCACCCGCUGUUGCUCUGACCUCAGACAGCUGGACGUCAAGAGCUACACAGAGCUACCUGACUGUCACGCAGACACGCCUGGUCGAAAGUCACGCCACUGACGACUUAGCCAAAGGUCUGUCUGAAGCUGUGGAAGACUGGAAGUUAGUGCGACCAAAUGUGACAAUACCUGUAAAUACUGACAAUGCUAAGAACAUAGUUAAUGCCGUCACAGCUGCUGGACUGGGGCCACAAAUCAGAUGUUUUGCGCAUACUAUUAAUAUAGCUGCUCAGAAAGGAAUGGCAGUGCAGAAGGUUUUGAGAGAAUUGUCUCCUUCUUUCACAGAAGCACAACAGGAUGCAAUGUGUUUAAGAAAAAACAGCAACUGCUGCAGCUUAGUGGAAAAAAAACUGAUUCAAGAUGUUCCAACUAGGUGGAACUCCUCUCAUGAUAUGAUGGAAAGAUACCUUGAACAGCAAGCUGCAGUUUAUGCUGCUAUGGCCGACAACACUGUGAAGAAGAGUAUGAAGAACAUUCAGAAUCUAACUCAGGAAGAACAUGCACUGGCUGAAAAUCUCGUUACAGUCAUGAAAACCCUAAAAACUGUGACAGUCAUGAUGUGUGAAGCGUCAUCUCCAACAGCAUCCAUGAUCCUGCCACUUAAAAUGAACAUCCUGAACUCUAUGGCGCAGUCUGAUGAUGACAGCCCAGCAGUGAGAGAUGUAAAAAAAAAACAUCAGGGAGGACCUGGAGCAGAGAUACGCUGAUCCUGCCCUUCAGAAUUACCUACACAAGUGCACAGCUUUAGAUCCUCGAUUCAAGUCCCUGCGACACUUGGAUGAUGUCACUCAGCUGAGAGUCUAUGGAGCACUCACCAAAGAGCUUGUCCUCAGCAUUGAACAAGACCAAGCCGCAGGCACCACAGAAACUGUGACCUCCGCAGAGACUCAAGCAGCAAACUUUUCAGAUUCACCAUUAGCAUCUCCACCAGAGAAAAAGUCGGCCAUGAAGGAGUUGUUUGGAGAACUGUUCAUGGCACAGGAGCCAAGGACCAGGUCUGUAGCCGAAGUGGCAGAGGAGGAAAUGAACUUGUACAGGUUAGCAGACUGCAUUCCCACAGAUGAUAACCUACUGAGAUGGUGGAAGGAACAUCACAGCUUGAACCCUCAUCUUUCCAAGUUGGCACAGUGUUACUUGGUUGUACCUGGAACCUCUGUCCCAAGUGAGAGGGUGUUUUCCACAGCAGGUGACAUUGUCACAGCAAGCAGAUCUGUACUGUCAGCAGAACAUGUGGACAUCCUAAUUUUUCUGAAGAAGAACAUGGAAAUUGAGUAAACUAUGUUUUGGUUUGUAUUUAAGUGGACCUUUUAUUUAAGUUGUUUAUGUUGUAUAUGCAGCUAAGUGCUAGCACUCCAGAAGAUGAGUGUUAGGGGAGGUGCAUUAAAGAGUGGUUCAUUUUAUGGGUACCUGAUUUGUUAUAUAUGCUGCUGAGAAUAUACCCCCAGAAGAAGGGUAUAGAAUAGCUUUUAUUUGUAUUUAUUUUAUUUAUUUAUUUUUUUAUUCUUUACAUGGUGUUUUUUUUUUGUUUUACAUGGCGCUAAGUAUGCACAACAGAAAAUAUGUGAAGUAUAGCUUUACCAGAUUUAAGUUUUCAUGUGUUUUCUGUACACCAUAGAACAUUGUUCUAAAAUUGUUUUCAUUUCAGGGAUUGGGUGUGUUUGUUUUAUAUUCUGCCAAGAAUAGAAAAUACAGUCAGGGAUCCACAAAUAAUUCAGAACUGUAUGUGGUUGAUACCAUGUUUUUAGAACAUUUCAAAUGUUUAAAAAUAUAUUUAGGAAGGCAUUUCUGUGCAAUACAUAUUUUUAUUUAAGUUGUUUUUGUUGUAUACGCAGCUAAGUGCUAGCACUCCAGAAGAUGAGUGUGAGGUGAGGUCCAUCAGAGAGUGGUUCAUUUUAUGGGGACCUGAUAUGUUCAAUAUGCUCCUGAGAAUAUACCCCAGAAGAAGGGUAUAGCAUAGCUUUU